CAUCUCGGCCACUUCCGCCACUAACAGCAAGCACUUAUAUGAUCCUUUGUCCACCUCCAAUUCCUUUUCAAGCUCCCACAUCAUCACCACCAAUUACACCAACACUAGCGCAUGUCCUUCCUUAAAUCCCUCUUCAGCCGACCCUUCGCCGCCAUGACCUCUCCGCCGCCGAUCGGCAGCAGCCUGACCAACCCGCCCGCCACCACCGAGAAAGCGAUCUUCGCCGCCGGCUGUUUCUGGGGCGUUGAGCACAUUUUCCGGGCGAACUUCUCGUUGCUAGACGCGCGCGUCGGGUACAUCGGCGGGGACAUGACGCACCCGAGCUACCGCGCGGUGUGCAGCGGCACCACGGGCCACGCCGAGGCCGUCAUGCUGCUCUACGAUCCGAAGCAGAUCCGAUAUCGCCAGCUGGUAGAGUUCUUCUUCCGCAUGCAUGAUCCGACUACGGAGAAUAGGCAGGGCGCAGAUGUCGGAUCGCAGUAUAGGUCCGCUAUCUUCACCGUCGAUAGCGAGCAGGAGGACGUCGCCAAUACCGUGCUCAAUGCGGUCGACAAACAUUGGUAUAAAGAAAGGUUGGCGACGAAGGUGGUUCCUGCGGGACAGUGGUGGGACGCCGAGACGUAUCAUCAGCUGUAUUUGGAGAAGAAUCCAAGUGGAUACCAGUGUGCGGCCCAUUAUGUUCGCAAGUUCCCGCCGUUGAAUACGGAAGAGGAAGAGAAAUUGUGAUGGCGACGAGGUACCUACGGGGACGGGACGUUUGGGGUCAGAAGAAUGAUGGUUUAGCUGGAUGGAAAUGGAGGUGGUUUCUGUGAGCUGGUGUGUUGGAGAUAGAUGGAUACAUUGAACUGGCUAUGGAUAGUCAUGGUGCGUUGUGUAUAUGUACAUUAGGUAUGGGCUGUGGGGCAUCAUUAGAUAGCCCGAAACCUCAUUUCAAUCAAUGGCUGCAGAUGUGUUCAUCAAAACAUGUCUCUUCUGCAGGACAGUCAGGCUCGGGUAUACAAUGUUUUGUGACGCGGCCAGAAGGUCGUCUAUGGACCAUGCCCCCCGCAAACGACGG